AUCCUGUUUGAGACGUACAGACGCACUCUGAAGGACGCAAUCAAACAUGGCGGCCUCCUUGCUGAGCAGGAGGGGAGUUGCGCUUUUAGGCUUUUCUAGUUUAAAAUCUUUUAUCCCUGUUGUUUCUGGGAAUAAUGUCGUACAGUUGAUAGCUGGUUAUAACCCGAGACCUCUCAGGCUGAACUUAAAGGAGCCUUACAUUCCGGACAGGAACAGUGAAAAGACCCCGGAGUGGCAGAAGACUGAGAAAUAUGAGCGCAAGCUUUUUGCACGUUAUGGCUUUGCCUCCGGAGUGGAUCCGGGUAAACUGUGGCCCACUGCCGCCCAGCUGGAGGAAUUAAUCCAGGAAGAGAAGCAAUGGCACCCGCCGCUCGAAGAAAUGCUGAAAAACAUCGCGGCGAAGGAGAAGGAAAGAGCAGAAAAACGGCUGGCGAGAGAGAAGCUGAUUGCUGCAAACAUGGCUAAAAUGCCCAAGAUGAUAGCAGACUGGAGGAAGGAGAAGCAGGAAGCAAAGAGAAAGGUGAAGGAGGAAAAGGCCAAAAAGGAGCGGUUGCUGGCUGAGGCUCGGGAGCGUUUCGGCUACGCACUGGACUCGCGCAGUUCCAAGUUCCAGGAGAUGCUCGCAGAGAUUGAAAAGGAGGAGAAGAAGAAGAGGAAGCUCCUGAAACGUCGAAAGAGAGAAGAGGAACAGGGGCUGACGACUCCUGCACCGGCUGCUGAAUCCUCAUAGAGACUCUGGCUGAGGGAAUACACAGACUGUUGUAUAUACUGACAUUGUAGUAACGUGUUUGACCAUCGUAAUGCAUUUUGGAAAAUCCAUCAUCAUGUCAUUAAAAGAACCGUAAUUAAAAUGUAAAGCCUGAUUAAUA